CAUACUUCACAUCGCUGUAGAUACUCCGAAUAUUUGCAUUCACAAACCAGUCUUGGGAGGCGGUGGUGGUGGGGGGAGAGAGGGAAAACUAGUCCGCUGGCUUUGGCUCUGUUUCUUCUCUAUUAAUCCUUCACAGGUCAAAAAGCACAGACAUUAAAUUUAUGGUGUUUGAGCUGCCUACAUCACUUUUGGAGGUCAUCAAAACAUUUUUCCUGAAGCCGGGGACGUGCCAGCUGGAUUGCUAACCGAGCUAACUCUCAUCCUCCUCCUCCUCGACGAAAUCGACGAACUGAUUUAUUUCCUGUUCUUGUCUCCAGUCUUCACCAGUCCUGGGCUUGGAGGUCCCAGCCGUUGCCAUGGAUCCGGGCAGCUGGAGCGGCAGCGAGAGUGGCGGUGAGGAUAUCGAGCGAAUGAGCGACUCAGCAGAUAAGCCCAUGGACAAUGAUGCCGAGGGCGUGUGGAGCCCUGACAUCGAGCAGAGCUUCCAGGAAGCCCUGGCCAUCUACCCUCCCUGCGGCCGCCGGAAAAUCAUCCUGUCUGACGAAGGGAAGAUGUACGGUCGUAAUGAACUGAUAGCCAGAUACAUCAAACUGAGGACUGGAAAGACAAGAACGAGGAAACAGGUUUCGAGUCACAUUCAGGUUCUUGCACGACGAAAGUCCAGAGAACUUCAGGCUAAACUAAAGGUCACUAAUUUGGAUCAAAGCGUGAAGGACAAAGCGCUCCAGAGCAUGGCGGCCAUGUCUUCUGCUCAGAUCGUCUCAGCCACGGCCAUCCACAACAAGCUGGGGCUGGCCGGCCUUCCUCAGCCCAGCUUCCCCGGAGCACCAGGGUUUUGGCAGCUUUCAACGGGGCAUCCGGGAUCUUCACAAGACGUUAAGCCAUUCGCACAGCAAGCCUACCCCAUUCAGACAGCCACCGCUAUAUCAGGUUUCGAGCCCCCCACAGCGCCUACAGCCAGUCCACCAGCAUGGCAGGGUCGCUCCAUUGGCACAACAAAACUGCGGCUGGUAGAGUUCUCUUCAUUCCUGGAGCAGCAAAGAGACCCAGAUUCUUACAACAAGCACCUGUUCGUACACAUUGGUCAGACAGACCACUUGCACAGUGAUCCCCUGCUGGAGUCGGUGGACAUCCGUCAGAUCUAUGAUAAAUUCCCUGAGAAGAAAGGAGGCCUGAAGGAUCUAUUUGCGAAGGGCCCCCAGAAUGCCUUCUUCUUGGUCAAGUUUUGGGCGGACCUUAAUUGCAACCUCCAAGAAGAUUCUGGUGCGUUCUACGGAGUGACCAGUCAGUAUGAGAGUCCAGACAACAUGACCAUUACCUGCUCCACCAAAGUGUGCUCCUUUGGCAAGCAGGUGGUGGAGAAAGUGGAGACGGAGUAUGCCCGCUUUGAGAACGGCCGAUUUGUGUACAAAAUAAACCGCUCUCCCAUGUGCGAAUACAUGAUCAACUUUAUCCACAAGCUCAAGCACCUGCCUGAGAAGUAUAUGAUGAACAGUGUGUUGGAGAACUUCACCAUCCUGCUGGUGGUCACAAACAGAGAAACCCAGGAGACGCUGCUGUGUAUGGCCUGCGUGUUUGAGGUAUCGAACAGUGAGCACGGUGCGCAGCAUCACAUCUACAGACUGGUCAAAGAAUGAGACGCCUCCUCUCUCAGCCUCUCUCACAUACACAAAGACACAAAGAAACCCUAAGGACACUUGGUCAGCGAGCUGCUGCCUAGCUCUGUCAGAGAGAGCCGGAGCCCAGCACUAACUCUGUCCACAGAGACGCGACGUGUCGUGGUUUCAGACAGGCUCAGAGACUCUCUGGACCAUCUGAGUGACAAAACAAACUAAUCUGAAGUGGCUGUGCCUCUGGACUUGAAAACACACAAAACAUCCAGUAUGCUGUUGUCGUAUCUGGAUGGGACUGUUAUUAAUGACAUCUGUUAUUAUUAUUUUUUGUGUUCUGUGUUUUCUGAAUCUACACGGGUGUGAUUGACUGUAAAAUGGAGGUACGGUUUUGUUACUUUUUUCAUUUAACACUGACUAUUUUUUAUCUCACUGAAGAAUAUUGUUUUUACAAACAUUGUAUAAGAAAUUUCUCCCCAACAGACACUCAAAAAAACAACACAUAUAAACACAACAGUCCCACAUUUUUCCCUUAAAUACUUCUAGCCAUGUUUAGUGACUUAACCAUGCAAUUAAGCAUAACCUAAAACAUUUAUAUAAUAUUUUGUACCAUACAAAACACAGUCGGCCCAUUUUAAAGUGAAAUAAGUACCAGAACGCUACUGCAUUUGGACACAGAGCAACUGAAAUGAACCUGAGGGUUUUUAAAAUGGAUUUAUAAAAAUACCAUUAGAUUUCUCUUCUGUUGAACAAUUAACUGCCAGAGAUGUCCAUGUAGAAACUUGUGGUUAUGUGGGCAUGGUUUCACUUUAAAUGCAUCAUUGUAGUGUAGCAACAUUAAUCAUCAAGCUAUUUUGGAUGCCAGUUUAGAUCAGUGCUCUCAGUCCAGCAUUUCUCCUGUACUAUAGAGUUUAUCAGCUACUUAUGAGCUGAAUGAGCUUGUUAACCCUUAGAAGUCACAGUUAACUGAGACAACAGAAGCAUGUUGUAAUUUUAUAUUAAUCAUUUCUUACUUUCAGUCCAAACCAAAUUGGCCUGUGUAAGUAAAAGAUGAGAUAUUUAAUCAUGAUUCAAAUUAGGUGAAGUUACUGUUCUGCAGACAGAUUUGUUUUGCAGAAAGAAAAAAAAUGAUUGUAAGCCAUUUAGCUACUUCUAUUUCAGUAGUGUAGCAAAAUAACUCUUAACCUCUAAGGGUUAAUUAAAGCAGAGAGAACACUGACCUGUGCAGUGCAGGGGGUCUGUAGGUGGGUGAGGUGUAGCACUGAUUCUGUUCCUGAUGGGCCCUCUGACAUUUUCCAUUGCCUUUACCUUGUUGUUGAGCCUUCAGUUUAUCGCUCUUUUUCUCCAGAUAAAGCUGUGAAUGUGAAUCCUAAUGUUGAAAAAAAGCACAUAACUGGAUAGAAGUAAACACAGCAACAUAGCCAAAGUUAGUCUAUGGUGCCUUAGACUUUUUAAUGCAAAAUCUGUUUGUCCAGUUCUAUUCUGGGGAAAAGUAUAUAAAUAUCUAUAGCUGUAAAUCCAUCCUGUACAAAAUAGUGAGAUGCAUAAUGUCUUUGUGUCAGGCUAAGUUGCGCACAGUGUCGGCCUGUCCCAGAAUUCACACUUGCGGCGUUGUGUGCUUUGUGCAUGUUACAUUCUUAACAAGAAGGGGUUUAUAUAGUACUUAAAAGGACUUCAUGACUUGUAACAAUAACAGAAUACAAAUAAUAUUUUUUAAAAGGUUUGUAAAGUACCAUUAACAACAAGUUGUACAUUUAACCAGCCAUGCAAAGAAUGAUUUAUGCAUUCAAGUGGUUAUGGCAGCGUUCAUGGUUCAACAUGUAACCACUGCCUUUACAAAAGAGCCCCUUUUUAAGGUUGUAAGUGUCCGAUUUCUAAAACAUACAGAAGUGCAGUCUGCAAGUCCACACACUCUCUCUCACAUACCACAUCAAAGGGGUAUUGAGCUAAAUAUGUAGUU